AAAAUAAAAAAAAAAAAUGAACCAAGACUCUCCAUCACAUAUCCGACAAAAAUUCAGUCCUCAAAUUCCUCCACCACUGUCAAUGUUGCCCCACGCCACCGUUCAAGAGGCGGAGACCGCCCUAGGCCGAUCUCUCACCACCGCAGAAGCCAUUUGGUUCAAUUACUCCGCCGCCAAAUCGGACUACUUUUUAUACUGCCACAACAUUCUCUUCCUCUUUGUUAUUUUCUCUGCUCUGCCACUUUACUAUAUCUUCCUAGAAAUCUUCUUUAUGGACUCGAUCAAGUCGUACAAAAUUCAACCCAAAGUGAAGCUCUCAGUUUCUGAGGUGUUCCGAUGUUACAAAUCUGUUAUGCGCAUGUUCUUUCUCGUUGUGGGUCCUCUUCAACUUGUGUCCUAUCCCUCUAUUAAGAUGAUAGGGAUAAGGACAAGUUUGCCAUUGCCUUCUUUAUGGGAAAUUAUAGCCCAAUUGGGGGUUUAUUUCAUUGUGGAGGAUUAUUUGAACUAUUGGAUCCAUAGAUUUCUGCAUUGCAAAUGGGGAUACGAGAGGAUUCACAAGGUGCAUCAUGAGUACACGGCUCCAAUUGGGUUCGCGGCGCCGUAUGCGCACUGGGCGGAGAUUUUGAUCCUCGGGAUCCCCUCGUUUAUGGGGCCUGCGUUCGUCCCGGGUCACAUGAUUACUUUCUGGUUGUGGAUUGGACUAAGGCAGAUUGAGGCUAUUGAGACUCACUGCGGGUACGACUUUCCUUGGACUCCGACAAGAUAUAUUCCUUUUUAUGGUGGUCCAGAUUACCAUGAUUAUCAUCAUUAUGUUGGUGGAAAAAGCCAAAGUAAUUUUGCUUCGGUAUUCACCUAUUGUGAUUAUUUAUAUGGAACUGACAAGGGAUAUCGAUAUCAAAAGAAAGUCCUCCAGCAGUUGCGGGCUGGACAGAAAAGCAAUGGCGAGCAAAUAGGCGUUUUGCACAACAUAUCUGCACAAGAUGUUAAAGUUGACUAGCAUUGACAUAUUCGAAACUGUCUCUAGACAAUAUCAUCCUCUGUAAUGCUUCUUAUUGGAGACAUAACUAGUUGUCGAAGUCUUAGGUUUGAACUUUGAAGGUGACGUAGAUUCGUACACGGUUUUGAUGAUGUCUGAUAGAAUCGUGCCGUUGUCCUUUGGACGCCAUAGUGCAUUUAUGAUUCAAUACACGUACAUUUAACUAACUAAAUAUUAA